AUGGCGUUCAAGGUCAAACGCUCGGCGUACCUCCAGAAAAUCUUCGACAACUUUGCAAAUGUCAAGGGCGUGCCGGUGGAGACCCUUCGGUUCUUUUACGACGGCGCGCGGUUGAAAGGCGAUAUCACCGUCCAGUCGUUGGGACUGGACUCGGACAGCCGCAUCGACUGCUUCUCGGAACAAGUUGGCGGUCACGUCCCCGUGCUAAUUUCGACGACUGUCCGUAGAUGCGAGCGUGGAGCAGAAUAUUUCAUCGAACGGCAAGGGUGA